UGCAUGCGAUCGCGGUCUCCCUCCAGCUGAAAAUCGAGCUCCGUGUCGCCAUUGAAGCCGGAGGAAGCUCUUUCGUUUUCUCCAAAUAUCGCUACUGUUUUCCUCCCUCCAUCGCUCGUUAAAUCCACUGAUACCCACCAUUGAAGAGAUAAAUAUUAUCUUUUUUUAAGUUCAGUCUUUCGCGUGGACAUUCUAGAGAGGUGGUAUUGACGAUGAACUCUGGUUAGCUUGAGGAAGGGACUUGUCUGAAUUAUAGCGUAAUGGAGUCCUUCCAUGUCUAUCUCGUAAACAGGAAGAAUCAUUCCAAAGGAAAAGAAAAAAAAAGAAUAAUUUAUGUGGAAAAGAGUCGUAGACGUGAUUCAUUGGCUUUCUGGAAUUCAUCCCUAUGGUUGCUGAAGCUAGCUAUUGUAGUCUCCAUUGCAGCGAAUUCAUUUCCAUGUAAUCGAAAAUCGUCUCAUUGUGCUAUGCAGUGAUGUUGAAGCGCGGAAGCAGAUCGAAACAAUUGUUCGGCAUUCAUAGCUUUCGCAUUCCGGCUCUGGUUUCGUCUGUCACCCUGAUUCUUUUAGUUCUGAUUUUGUUCUCCCGGGAUGGUGAUAAAAAGCCAAUGCCAGUACCGGCACAUCUGAAGCAAAGAUGGAAUAGGUUUGACUCUUUGGUUCAGUUUCGCCCAGUUGUGGAGUUCAGGAAUGGGACAGAUUUGAUAUCGCAGAUACCUGAUUCUCCAAAAGCAGUGCUGUUUAUAGCUCAUGGGUGUAAUGGCAGAGCUAUUAAUUUCUGGGACAGAUCUCCUACUUGCCAGCAAUGUGUUGGUUUGCCUGAAGAGAGACUGCUUGUUCUCGAAGGUCUUUCUAGGAAAUUCGCUGUUCUCACCGUCUCCAGCAUGGGAAGAUGCUGGACAAUGGGAGAGGAAAGGGUAAUCGUUAGAGAUAUCAUUAGAUGGUGGAUUGGUAAGAACAAGCUCGAAAAACUUCCUCUUGUGGCUUUAGGGGCAUCCUCUGGUGGUUACUUUGUUUCUGCCCUUGCAACUAAUUUGAGGUUUAGUAGCAUUGUGCUGAUGAUUGCUGAGGGGAUGUUUGAUCAGAUGGAUGUACCAGAGGAUUAUCCGCCCACCCUAUUUGUUCACAUGCCCAAGGACACCUAUAGACAGCAGAAGAUAGAUGAAUUCAUGCCAGUUUUGAAGAGUAAGGGGAUCGAUGUUGCUGCAGUUGAAUGUGUUGAGUUUCCUUUGUCGGUGAGUACUUUUGCUGAGAGGAUUCCUGGUGUAGAAGAAAACGUCUCAGCCAAGUUAUUUGAGCUGUUUCGUAGUAAGGGCUUCGUGGAUGCAAAUGGGUAUAUGAAGAGUGAUGGGCGUAAAACGCGCUGGAAGAAGGCUCUCCAGGAGAAUAAGAAUGUAUUGCUGGAUAGGCAACUGGUUAAUCAUGUCCAGGAGGAGCUGAACCUUGCAUUUGCAUAUCAUGAAAUGACGAGCUUGCAGUCCGAGGAGAUAUUUAAGUGGUUUGAGUCUCACAUGAGCUGAUUGUGGCAGUGAAUUUUUCCUUUUGAUUGGGAUGGGCCCUGCAUUGGUGCUGAAGCAAGGCUCACCCUCGAUUGCUUCGCAUUCAUACAGCUCGGUACUGACCUUGGCCUGAAAAAUGGAAACAGUCGCAUAAGUUUCCUUGUGUGUUUACAAUGUGUAGAAACAUGGAGCAUCAGCAGUGGAGACUGACUGAAAAGGAUUGCAUAAUUGAUCAGUCCCCGCCACGACAACCAGAACGUAUGCAAAUUUCUCCUCUGUUGGGUGAAAGUAGUGCUGAAUGUGAAAUCAGAUGCUGUGAAUCAAAUGGUGAUCAACUGAUGCUUUUGUUUUGUUUUUCGUGGUAGCUGCCUGUGCGGUACCUCCCUUUAUUCAACCAACUUUCUUGGUCUCGCCUAUACAUAUCUGAACAGACAGAGUAGUCCUCUUAUCACUUGACUUUGUAAGUUGAUCUUGAUGCUUUCUCUCGAGGCGCCAAGAAGUAGAUGGUAGUCUUUCCAGAGACAUGAGCUAUGAUUCUACACAUAGUUUUGGGAAUUUAUAUUCAAUUGUUAUCUUGCCAAAGAUUGGUACUUGAAACAAGCAUCGACAAGAGAUCUUUGGAAUUCUAUGUUGG